AUGAGUUCUACUUUUUUUGAGAUGGAAAUAGAGAGCGGAGACACGAGUACUCUCUAGAUAGCUAAUCUAACACUCUAAAACAGAGUAAUUCAAGACACAACAGUUUAAGAUGGAUUAGAUAAUAUCUUUGUAUACCUUAACCUUUCAGAUUCCCCUUAGGAGAGAGAAGGCUCAUAUGAUAUAUAUGAGGAUACUCUUGAUGUGAAAACAAAAAAGGAUAACUACAUUAUAAAAAAAAAUUUUCACAAUUAUUAUCAAUGCGGAUAUUGUGGAAAGGUUUUUUCCUCAGCACAGAGUCUUGGAGGACAUGUUCAAAAGAACCACAGAACAACUAAAAAUAGGGAAAACUGCAAUCAAACAAUCUAGUUGAGAUAAAGACCUACUAGAUUUGCCUAACAUUGAAUUUGAAUUCAAAUUCCCAUAUUAAUAUAUACAUCAUUAUUAAUUUUUUG